AUGCUCGGCGUACAGGACCCCCUCAAGUCCCCUUUCCCGGCAAUCGAGCCAUUCCUCCCGGUCGCCGGCCCCAUGUCCAGCGAUCUCCCUCCCCUUUCGGAUCUCUCGCGUCGCUUCACGAAAAGGUUCCGUUUCUGCCUGAUGAGGAAGAAGGGAGAGAGUCGCUCGACUCGGGAGGACGGGACCACGUCCUUAAAGAGUUCCAUAUUUAAUCUCUCCAACACGAUGAUCGGCGCUGGAAUGAUGGCCUUACCUGCAGCUAUGAACGUCCUAGGAGUCGUGACCGGGAGUGUAGCGCUUAUCUUCGUGGCGUUUUUAACCUAUGGGUCCGUCAUGGCCAUGGUUCGUUGUACUGUCGCCGCUGCUGGCUCUCCAUCCUCUUCCGAGGACCCUUCGCGGUUUCGGGAAUAUGACACGUCAAAUGACGCCGCGGGAGCAGCAGGAAGAGGCAGAACUGGCAGAGACGGCAAUUUCAGGGAAUUGGGAAGAAAAGCAAACGCUAGCAAUGGAGGGAAUUUCAGCGGUGUUGGCAGCCGCAGUUUCAGUAUGCGGGAUGAGGAGAAGCUGAGUUAUAACCACACCGUGGCUACAGCCCUGGGAAGCACGGGACGGCUGGUGCUGCAGGUGUCGAUUGUUGUCAACAACUUGGGCCUCAUGAUGGUGUUCCUUGAUAUCAUCGGGGAUGUGCUUGUAGGGAGCGCCACAGGACCUGGCGUUCUGCCACUGGAUCAGCUGCACUUGUCCCCAGACGUGGCUAGAAAGUCUAUCCUCGCUAUAGUCAUCCUCCUUAUUCUGCCUCUCUGCCUGCAAGAAAGACUCGGGUCCAUGAAGGUCGCGAGCAAGAUAUCAGUGGCUCUGGCCAUAGCGUUUGUGCUGCUCGUGCUGCUGCUGUCUGGAGGGAAGAUUGCAGCUGGUGCAGCCACCAUGCCGCCACUGUUCGCCACGUCUGGCAAUGCCCUGGCUGUUUUCAGCGUCAUCAACGUCGUCACCAACGCCUUCAUAUGCCAUUUCAACGGUGAGUAUGAUGGACUAGAGUUCCAGGACCGUUCUCUGCCCCGCAUGCGCACGGUCGUGCGCUGCUCGGUCAUCAUCACCACCCUCGUCUACCUCGCAGUCGGCAUUUUCGGCCUCGUGCUUUUCGGCCCCGACGUGCACACAGACGUGCUCUACAACUUUGAACCCCUCUACCCCCCCACCAUGCACACCGAUGUGCACACAGACUUUUGGGCUCGUGCUCUUCGGCUCCGACGUGCACACAGACUGACCCCGAUUUACAGGGAGCUGAGGGGCCGUUCCCUCCCCCGCAUGCGCACGGUCGUGCGCUGCUCGGUCAUCAUCACCACCCUCGUCUACCUCGCAGUCGGCAUUUUCGGCCUCGUGCUCUUCGGCUCCGACGUGCACACAGACGUGCUCUAUGAUUUCGACACGAGCUUGGAUGUCGUUCCAGGAAUGAGCCCCGUGAUUGCGGCUCAUGCGGUUGCUCUAGGGCAGGGGGUGAAGGUGGGGUAUGCGAUUUCCAGAGUGCUUUCGCUGCCUCUUGCGCUGUUUCAGCUGCGGCUGGUUGUGGCGGCGCUGCUGUCGGCUUGUCUCGGAAGGAAAGGGAGAGGAGAGAGGGACGAGGGAAGAACCACAAGCAAUGGCAAAUCUGAAGCUGUAAAUGGGGAAGCUGGUUUUAGCAGCGGGCAGACAAAGGAGAGGACGAGGGUAAAUUCCCUUGAGUAUAUUCAGGUGGAUGGGAAUGAGGAUGGGGCAGAGGAAGCAGGUGAGGAGGAGGUGGGAGAAGACAGGGAAGGGGAAGAGACAGAGGGGGAGGAGGAGGACAUGGAAGGGGAGGAGGAAGAAGAGGACGAGGAGGCGAGGCUUGAAGAGCUUCGACGAGCAGAGGAAAAGGCAACAAAAAGGCGGCGUUUUUGGCGUCAAGUUCGAUUUGUACUCCUUACAGUGUUCCUUCUCGUUUUAGCCUUCUGUGGAGCGGUGCUGGUGCCGGAUAUCUGGAUAGUGUUCCAGUUUAUGGGCUGUACUGCGGCGGUUAUCAUAGGGUUUGUUUUCCCCGGGCUGGUGGCUUUAAGGGCGAAAGGAGGAACUGUAUCAGUGUCUGAUACGGUGGUGGCAUGGUUACUGGUGUUGGUGGGUGUAGCUGUGGGUAUUAUUGGUAUUGUUGUCAAUGUUGUGGUGCUCUUGACGAGGGAUGGCAUGCAUUGA